AUGCUGCUUCUCCUUCUGCUCGCAAGUGCUUUUCUCCUUGUCCCAUGGGCUGGGGUUGGAAGGAUCAUUGGCGGGUCAGAAGCUAAGCCCCACUCCUGGCCCUACAUGGCUUAUUUAUCAAUUAGAAAUGAGUUAGAUGAUAACAUUCGAUGUGGAGGAUUCCUAAUUCGCCCAGAUGCAGUGCUCUCAUCAGCUCACUGCAAAAACAUGAAUAUCACUGUGAUUCUGAGAGCUGACAAUGUAAAUAAGGGCAAGCCAAGUCAGCAAGCUUUCCAUGUUGGCCACUGGGUCAUCCACCCCAAUUAUUCAAGUCAUCCCUUUAAAAAUGACAUCAUGCUGCUGAAGGUAUGCCAUCACACAUCCUUGCUGACUGAGGGAUCUCCUCCUGCUUGCUUGCCCAAGCCCAUGAACUUGUUUCCCUUCCUUUGCCUGCUGGCAAAAUUUUUUACUGAUGGGUUGUGCAGUCAAAGAAGUUUGGAGACCACUGAACUAGAUGAUGCUAUGGCCUAUGAUCACCAUGAGUACCAGACCUCAUGUGGAAGAUAG